CCCCCCCAAUAUUGAAGCCAGGCGCAGCAUCGCGUUACGUCACUGUACUCCCCCUCCCCUCUCUGAACUGCUGAGUGAGCACUCAGAAGGGAGGGAAACAGCGACACAGAAGUCAGAAACUUGUGAAUGAGGUAAUGGUCUGUCGGGAAUGCUGCUAUGAAUAUUGCUUAUUUAUAACGUCUUGUUGUCAGUUCACUUUCAUAUAUAGAAACUGAAUCUUUUUGGUUUAGUCAUCUUAGUCUUGGGAUGAUCUCUCAUCCAAUAUUUAACUGCUAACUUCCUCUAGACGUUUGCUACGCUAGCCAAAAUGUCUUUUUUUUUUUUUUAUCUCAUUUCAGUACAAUGCCACCACCAACUAAAAGGCUGAAACAGCAGCAGGACUUACUCAGCUUUUUUAAAAAGAGUAACGUCAGUGAGCAACAAUGCAGGGACAGCACAAAGGAGACAGGAAAAGGAGAGGAUAGUGCAACCGGGCUAGAGGCAGGAAGUCAGAGUGAGGGAGAGACAGGAGUGGAGCAACAGGUAAGACAGAGUAACUCAUACCAGUAGAUACUUCAUGAGAGUCCACAAAAAAAGUUGAAAUUUUAAUCUUUUGCUUGUAGUAAGUGUAGUUCAGGGGCAUUGAGUGACAUUGUAACUUUUCCUUCUAGGGAGUUCAGACUAGGGACACACAGCUGAGAGACUCUGAAGUCAGUGGACAGAGAACAGAGCCAAAUCAGCCACAUCCAAAAUUCAUAGACCCUCAAGCUCUAGCCAACAGAACUUUACAUUUCCAAGGAAAGUGGUACAAGGAAUUUCCCUGGCUACAUUAUGAUGCAGUGAAAAAGGGCAUUUUGUGUUUUUAUUGCAUGGCAAUUUACCAGGACAAACUCACACCAUUUGGUGCAAAAUCCGAACCCGCCUUUAUCACUUCUGGAUUUAAAAAUUGGAAAAAAGCAUUAGAAAAAUUUAAAGCACAUGAAAAUAGUCACACACAUCAUCAUGCUGUUUCUGUGACUGCACAAGAAAGUCAUCCUAUAAAUGCCCAAUUAUCCAGUGCUUUGGCAACUCAGCAAGGUGACAAUAGGCACUGUCUGGAGAAAAUUGUGAGCUCCAUAAAAUAUUUGGCACGGCAGGGACAAGCUUUGAGAGGGCAUGACGAUGAUGACAGCAAUUUGUAUCAACUGUUGAAAAAUCUGGCAGAAGAUGAUGCCCUUUUGGCUAAGUGGUUGCUGAGGUCUCAGAAAGAAUACCUAAGUCCACAGAUACAGAAUGUUCUAUGAGCAAUAGUAUUGUCAGUGAAAUAGCAGAUACAAUCAGAAACCUACCAAUUUUUGAGUUUGCAAUUAUUAUGGAUGGAACACAGGACAUUUCUGGGAAAGAACAAGAAAGCAUUUGUCUGCGAUACAUUGACAGUGACAUGAAGCCCCAUGAAGAGUUUAUUGGCUUGUACUCAGUUUCUGAAACAACAGGAAAAAGCCUUGCUGCUGUUGUUAAAGAUGUGCUGCUCAGAUUAAACUUACCAAUGCAUGGUUUACGAGGUCAAACUUAUGAUGGAGCAGCCAAUAUGUCUGGGAAGCAUGCAGGUGUACAGGCACUGAUAAAGCAAGAGCAGCCACUAGCACUUUUUGUUCAUUGUGGAGCACACUGCACUAAUUUAAUUGCACAGAAAGCUUGCUUAGCCUCAGUUCUGAUCAGAGACGCAUUGGAUUGGGUGAACCAGCUUGGAGUUCUUUUCUCUCAGUCAGGGAAGUUUAAGGCAAUCCAUGCAGCAACAGCACAUACAGAGAAUCCAUCGUGCACUGCAAUAAAACCCCUCUGCCCCACAAGAUGGGCAGUACGGAGCAAAGCAAUCAGAGAUGUUUUGUCACAGUAUGGGUCAGUGCUGGCUAGCUUGCAGGAGAUGGCUUCUGGUGCCUCAAACACAGCAUCCACUGCUAAUGGACUGCUGGGGCAGUUUAGGAAAGGUAAAACAGUUUUGGGUCUCAUCCUUGCCUCACCUGUGAUUGAUAAGCUUGAAUGCCUGAGCAUCUCUUUCCAGAAGAGAACUCAAACCAUUGCUGGAAUGAGGACUGCUGUGAAAGUUGUUCAGACUUCACUUAAGGCUAAAAGAAAUCAAGAAAGUUUCAACACUCUUUUUGAAAAGGCGAUGGCUGAGGUUCAGUCUUUGGGUGUUAAACCCAUCACAGUUACACAGAGAAGGCCACCCCCAAAACGCUUCACUGAAGGAGCUAAGACACAUCAACCUGAAUGUGCCAAGGACCACUACAGAGGUGAAUUCUUUAAAGUAUUGGAUGUUGUAGAUGCACAGCUCACUGGGCUAUUUAACCAGGAUGACUUGCUGACUUUGCAAAAGUUGGAAGAGACACUUCUCAGUGGAACGAUUGAUGCUGCAGUCAUUGGGAAAUACCCAGAGUUGAAUAGAGAGUUACUUUCAGUGCAACUUUCUAUGUUUAGACUGAACUACUCAUUUAGCAACAGCGCAGAAGCUGCAGGGAUCAUUGGUGGACUGCCUGGAGAGGUCCGUAGACUUUUUGGGCAAGUGGAAACUCUGGUCAGGUUGCUUUUGGUAGUCCCCGUUUCAUCCUCUGAGGCAGAGAGAAGUUUCAGUGCGCUUCGUAGACUCAAAACGUGGCUCCGGUCUACAAUGACUCAAAACAGGCUUAAUCAUGUUGCUGUCUGUCAUGUACAUAAAGAUAAACUUGAUUUACUGGACAAGAAGUCAAUUUGCAAGCAAUUUGUGGCUGCAAAUGAAAGGCGGAAAAAACAUUUUGGCUCUUUUGCCUAAGCCAGUGUUUGCCAUCCUUUUAUGUGUCCGGCACAUUUUUGGCGAAUUAUAAAUGCAUGGCUGUAAAGUGCAAUUGUUCAGAAGCACAGAGGUGUUGAUCUCUAUCUAGGGUUAUGUGGCCUAUAAACAAAAUAAACAAAAUAAAAUCAACAAUGCUUCGUAAACUGAAUAUCUCUGUGCUAACUGCUUUUCCAACAGUUAAAGCACACUGUAAUCAGUGAGUUAAAAAGCUUGUCUAUUAAAUGUGUAUUUAUUGUUGGUAAAUAUUUCUCCAUUUUUGAUUUGGUUUAAUUAGUCAUACAGUUCGACAAACUGAAUAAGCAUAUUUUGAUUGAUUUUCUUUUCUUCUUUUACUUAAUGUUAAAAAUGUGAAUAAUUUGUUCACUACAUUGUCUGUGAGGGCUCUUUCAUCUCAGAAUUUUGUUUAAUGAAAGAGAUGGUUCUAUGGUCAGUCAACCUAUAUAAAUUCAUUUUUGACCAUUAUUGCAAGUUUGACAAAAUAAAACAUAUCAAACUUU